AUGUACUCUGCCUUCUAUCGUCCCGUCGCAUCGAUAGGCGAGAAGGCAUGCAACAGCGUUCGAGAAGAUUACCUUUGGAAUGUCAAGGGUGUGGUUAUGAACCCUUUCUUCACGAAUCCGGGAUAUUUGCCAAAUGGAUCCUGGCCUACACAUUCGAGCCUCGCACCGAGCUGUACGCUGGGAUGUGCUGGGUGUGCCAUUACUGGCAACUCUGUUGAGCUACUGUUUUGGCCCGAGCAAACCGCAGCUCCCACUGCGAAUGUGACUGGCUGGCAAAACAACACUGCAAGCUUAACGACUUCUGAUCGAGGUCCCGUCACAGCGGUAGUCGGCACAUACACCUUCACCUCACCGACUGUCUACGUUUCCUACGACGCCCUCUACGCCGCCAACUCCUGCGGCCCCAUCGGCGACGUCUACAAUAAUACCAUCCUGCCCCUAGCUAACACAAACCACCUCUCCAGUCUGAUGCUCACAGCUCAGAAUCCCGGACUCUUCGGUCCCGUCUACACCUACUACUACUCAGCCUCCUUCAACCUUUCCGACCUAGUCGAGCCCGUCCCACAAAGCGUUUACGACCAAGCUCCCGCCUGUCAAUCUCAGAGCUACAAGAACUGCAAAGUUGGCGGCGGCCCGUGUGGCUUCGUCUGUGCUACGGACAAGCCGUACGCGCCGAUCAUCGCUGUGCCAGUUGAGUUGACGGAUUUGCAUCCUGAGUGGAAAAGUUGCACGCCGUGGUAUGGUGGGUUGUAUGAUCCACCGAUUGCGCUGACACAGGCUCCGACGGCGGAUGUUAUCACGCCUCCAGGAGUGGGCCCGAGUCCGACCACCACACCUGCGGCUGAGGCUCCGCCAAUUCAGGGUAUGCCGCCGAGUGUAACCGCGCCGCCUGUACAGGAGCCGACGACUAAGGCACCGGCACAGCCUACUCCUACGCCAGAUACUGAGCCUGAAAGUCCGAGACCGCCGCAGAAUGGGAGUCCGGGAAGCAGUGAACCAGAAGGCCAACAGCCUGGAAAUGGUGACCAGCCGAGCAACGAGUCCCCAAGCAAUGGACCUCCUAAAGACAACCAAGCAAGCGACGGCCAGCCCGAACACGACUCAAACCCUUCUUCGCCAAACAAUCCGCCUACGAGUAACGAUCCCGGAUCCUCAGAACCGGGUCCAGACCAACCUGACCUGCCGGUAGUAAUCACUCAGCUCACACAGUCUGACGGCUUCAUCUUCAGCCCGGAGCAAUCUCCUGACCCACCCGUCAAUCACGGCUCUCCAACGAAUGCCCUGGAAGUUCUCACGCAAGCACUCGAUCCAGGGGUUGGCAACGAUGCUGAUUCACCGGCUACUCCAAAUCCCAGCAUCACUCCACCACCCGGCAAUGUCGUCCUCUCACUCCCUGACAUACCAGUCUCCCGAUCCGGCUCCGACUAUUUCGUCGGUACCAAUCAGCUUCCACCUGGAUCGGCGACCACAGUCUACGGCGUCGAGGUCUCCAACGAUCCUAACGCCGACGGUAUCAUCAUCGCCGACUCCACCACGCUCUCCCUCGCAGCUAACGAAGCAACAACACUCUCCGCCUGGUCACACGGCGCUGAACGUCUUACCAUCACCCGCCAAGACAAUGAGCACAUCGUAGUCGCCGAGCAUACGCUCACGCAGGGAGAGUUUGCGACCUUCAGAGAUGUGUCCGUGUCGGUUGGGCCGGAAGGUCAAGUCGUCGUCCUCGGCUCAACGGCGCUGUCGCUGGAAGAUGGUGGGCAUACGACAUUGCCCAACCCGAAUCCAACGGCUGUAAAUCCGGAGAUUUUGAGAGGUCCGGAGGCGUAUGUCGUUGCUGGAGUCAGUGUUCAUGCAGGAGAAGUAGCGACGAUCAAUGAUGUUGCUGUCUCGAUUGGGAGCGGAGGCGAGGUCGUGGUGGACGGCAAGACGACGAUGAUUUUGGGCAUGGGUGAGAAGACUGCUCUUCCGUUUUGGACGGCGAGUGGUCAUCAGGGAACAAGAGGCGAGGGUGUGACUGUUGUGAAGAAUGGGAUGACCUUUGUCAAUGGUGAAGUAUCCGUCGCUGCUACGGGCACAGACACGAGCAUGGCAUCAAGGGCUAGUCGAAAGACGGAUGAGACGCCACAGCCAGGGUCAGCGACGAGAGCCGUUGAUGACAAGGCGCCAACAGCUACCGAGACGGGCGCUGCGGCGGCCCUUAUGGCUGUGACGAGCGGCCAUCUGCUUGCGGUCUGCGGGUUGCUUGCCAUGAUGUUAUAG